AUGUCGCUUUCACUCUCUUCCGCGAAUACGUACUCCUCCACCGCACAGAAUAUUGCUCUUUGUGCUGCUGGUGGUGGUCGACCGAAAACGACUCCGACGUUGACGCUUUUCCGUCGUUAUUCUCAAAGACGUCGACGUGGUUUUCCAACGCGCUCGUCGCUCACGAGCGACACGUUUUCCGACGUAAACGACGACGAACGGAAGAGGAAACGAGCGGUAUUGAAAGAAAAACUGAUCGAAUCCUGUCGAGGAACCUACCGAGGCGCCGUUGGGUUUUCCAACGACCGAGAGAGAGAAGAUAUCCGCAACGCGAAGGAAGCUUUGGAAACGUUUGGUGCGGAGGAAAAGGAGGAGGAAAAGGACUGGAUGCGAAACCGCUUGAACGGACGAUGGAAAUUAAUCUACACGACCGCGUUAGACGUGACCGGAUUACUCGUUUUUUCGGUACCACCACCACCGUUGCCGUUUUUUCCACCGCCGCCAAUCGUGGUUGGCGACAUCUUUCAAGAGUUUAAGACGGACGCGAAGGAGAUUGUGAACGAGAUUCGAGCGUCCGUGCCGUGGGUGUUAGAGGAGAAAGACGGGGUGAUUUUGAGGGUGAACGCGACGUAUAAAGGAGUUGAUGAUAGCAGUAUUAAUAGUAAGAAAGCGUUAGAGUUGGUGUUUCAAGAGGCGGUGGUGAGCGACGUGAGGAUAUCGGAGUUAACGGAGACGUUGUUAGCGCCGGCGAUUUUGCCGCGAAGCGAGUUGAAUCAACGCGCGUUGUUAUUUUUGAGGGAUUUCGAGGUGAGGUUUCCGUUGUUCGGAAGAGCGGCGAGAGCGAUGGGUGGUAGUGAUGAAAACGGAGUUUCUGGUGCCGCGGUGGGGAGGUACGAGUUUAGUUAUUGCGACGAGGACGUCUUGAUUGGCAAAGCGACUGGGAGCCAAGGGAUUUUUAUCUUCACCAAAGAUCAUCAAUCGCAAAUGUAA